AUGGAGCGAUUUUUAGGCAUUGUUCAUGUUGGUAAUACUAUCGCUUUAACUCUUAAAGAUGCAAUCAUGUCUUUACUUGUUGAACAUUCAUUGAGUCCGUCUAUGAUAAUAGGGAAAGGGUACAAUGGAGCUAGCAACAUGAAAGGUGAAAUAAAUGGUCUUAAGACUUUGAUUAUGAAUGAUACUCCAAGUGCCUACUACAUACAUUGUUUUGCUCAUCAACUUCAACUAACACUAGUUGCCGUUGCUAAAAAGAAUGAUAGUUGUGGUUGGCUUUUUGAGAUACUUGCAAAAUUAUUGAAUGUGGUUGGAGUUUCUUGCAAGAGAAGAGGAAUGAUUCGAUCGACAAGAUUAAAAGCUCAAGAAGUUGCUCGAGCAUUGGAUGUAGGGGAUAUUGGGAGUGGAUCCGGUUUAAAUCAAGAACUUGGUUUGAAGAGGCCCGGGGAUACUCGUUGGAGUUAUCAUUACAAGUCUCUUUCAAACAUCAUCCUCUUAUUUCCCACAAUUGGUAAGGUACUUUUACACAUUGGGAAGCAUGGUAUAUCGAAAGAUAAGUUCAAAGCUUAA